CGUCGUCCAAUGUGGUUUUGGUAUCGGAUUAUGUGAAUCUCCGUCUCGCUCCACAUUUAUCUGCAACCGUUCUUCCCUUUAAAUCAAACGUUGAAACGCCUCUGUAUUCCCUCUUUCAAUUUGUUCCUGUAAUUCUCAAACCUAGAUAUUCGGUUUUAAUUUUAUUUGAUACAGUGGAAUCGACUGAAUGCGUAAAAAUUGUGUGUUCUGAAUUUUUCGAAGAUGAUACCAGUUGGUGGAAUCACGUGCUGUCUGAGCGCAGCUGCGCUUUAUCUCCUCGGCAGAAGCAGCGGAAGGGAUGCUGAUUUACUGAAGUCUGUCACUCGAGUGAAUCAGUUGAAGGACUUGGCUCAAUUAUUGGAAGCUGCAAGCAAGGUCUUGCCGUUGGUUGUCACAGUGUCAGGGAGGGUUGGUUCGGAAACACCAAUUAAUUGCGAGUAUAGUGGUUUAAGAGGUGUAAUUGUGGAACAAACGGCAGAGCAGCACUUCUUGAAACACAAUGAUGCAGGAUCUUGGAUACAAGAUUCAGCUUUAAUGCUUUCCAUGUGCAAAGAAGUCCCCUGGUACCUUGAUGAUGGUACUAGUCGUGUACAUGUCGUUGGAGCACGUGGUGCCACAGGUUUGGUACUGACAGUAGGAAGUGAAGUAUUUGAGGAGUCGGGUCGAUCCCUAGUGCGUGGAACUUUAGAUUAUCUACAAGGCCUAAAGAUGCUCGGUGUGAAGAGAAUUGAACGUGUUCUGCCUACUGGUUCCCCCUUGACAGUUGUUGGUGAGGCUGUUAAGGAUGACAUUGGAUCAAUUCGAAUUCAGCGACCACAUAAAGGCCCAUUUUAUGUCACUGACAAAACUAUUGAUCAGCUGAUUGCAAAUCUCGGGAAAUGGUCAAGAUUGUACAAGUAUGCCUCUAUGGGUUUGACGGCGUUUGGGGUUUAUCUGCUCGCUAAGCAUGCUUUCCAAUAUAUCAUGGACAGAAGACGUCUCUGGGAAACGAGGAAAAGGGUUCUUGAUGCUGCAGCUAAAAAAGCUGGCCAAAAUGAAGGAGCUCUAAAUGGAGAAGCUGAGAUUGGAUCAGAUAGUAGCAAUAAAGAAAGGCCUAUACCUGAGUUGUGCGUGAUAUGUUUGGAGCAGGAGUACAACUCAGUUUUCGUCCAGUGCGGUCAUAUGUGCUGUUGUAUGGCAUGCUCUUCACAUUUGACGAACUGCCCAUUGUGUCGAAGAAGAAUUGAUCAAGUAGUGAAGACUUUCAGGCACUGACUUUCAACCGAUGAGAUGGUACAUGAUGACUUAGAGACUGUAUUUGUAUCCGUCCAUUUUUCUUAUUUCGUUGAUACCAUUUUAUCUUCCGUUCAAUUGUAAAUAUCAGAAUCGAAGUCUUUUUUUUGCACGUGUCUGAAAUUCUCUGGGGUUCAUGUUUUGCACAUAUGUGAUAUGUCUUCGGUCAAUAAAAGGGCGCCACAUGUGUGUGUGUAUGUAUUUAUGUUGCUUUGAA